UGUGACAGGAGGAAGCUGGAGGUGGAGGGUUGAGAGGAGGUCCCGCCCCCACCUCGUUCUCCUUUACGGGAAGUGCUGUGGGGCAAGACGGAAAAUACCCGAUAAGUACCCAAAAAAGGCCGGCAGCGGGUAGACGCGGCGCGGAGACCUAGAGUAGAGAGAGCUGCGGGGCGAGCCAGCCCAAAAUUUACUUUUUUGAAGAGGACAUGUGAUUGGAAGCUGUGCGAUUAUUGAAGAGCUGGGAACUCCAAUCUAAAGUUUCAGAAAAAACAAUCAACAACUUAUACUUUGUCAAGGUAUACCACUGACCUCUUCAUCAUGUCUGAUGGAGACUAUGAUUACCUCAUCAAGUUUUUAGCUUUGGGAGACUCUGGAGUAGGGAAGACCAGUGUACUCUACCAAUACACAGAUGGAAAAUUUAACUCAAAAUUUAUUACGACAGUGGGUAUUGAUUUCAGGGAAAAGAGAGUGGUAUACAGAGCUAAUGGGCCAGAUGGAGCUAUUGGCAGAGGCCAGAGAAUUCACCUGCAGUUAUGGGACACAGCGGGGCAGGAGAGGUUUCGCAGCUUGACAACAGCGUUCUUCAGAGAUGCUAUGGGGUUUCUUCUGCUUUUUGAUCUGACAAAUGAGCAAAGUUUUCUCAAUGUGCGAAACUGGAUAAGUCAGCUACAGAUGCACGCAUAUUGUGAAAACCCAGACAUAGUGUUAUGUGGAAAUAAGAGUGAUUUGGAAGACCAGAGAGUAGUGAAGGAAGAGGAAGCCAGAGGACUUGCUGAGAAAUAUGGAAUCCCCUACUUUGAAACUAGUGCCGCCAAUGGGUCAAAUAUAAGCCAAGCAAUUGAGAUGCUCCUGGACCUGAUAAUGAAGCGAAUGGAACGGUGUGUGGAUAAGUCCUGGAUUCCUGAAGGAGUGGUGCGAUCCAAUGGUCACACUUCCACUGUUCAAAUGACUGAACAAAAGGAGAAGGGGGCAUGUGGCUGUUGAAGUGACCUACAGGAUACUUCAUUGGCACAUGUCUGGUCUUCUCUGUGGGUAAUACAUGGCAUAAAGAAAGAUUAGUGAACAUUUUGUUCAAACUGCUUCUUAAUAUCCCAAUUAGACCUAUGAAUAAAAAACCUAUUUUUAAAAUUAAUUUACUGCAGCUUUAUAAAUAUUUCUAUAAGAUUCAGCCUGAAAGUCAGGAGUGACAUUUCACAUAGCCUAAAGUGCCUUAGAAAAACUUGGGCCAAAGUAGUAGGUCAGGAUUCAGGAGUUUAGAGCCACAGAAGAGUGUUUAUUAUAUAGCAUGACUAAAUAGACUAUCACUUGCCUUCAUAUAGAGCCCAGAGACUCACACUCUAGAUAUUAAAUAUAAUUGUUAAAAUUUUCACUCUUGAAUCCCAAUUAAAAGACCCUACUUGUGCCAUUGGUGACCUUUUAAAAUGCCAUCUAAACCAACCUAAAAUUAACAAUAUGUAUAUAUAUCACUUUGAUGUCCUUGUACAUAAUUUACAUAUGAAUUCUCUUUUAUAUGAAUAUAGGGCAAAUUAUGACAAUUUUUGUAGAACUGGAUAAAUUGUAUUGGCCAAUUGACUUUUGUUGGUCAGAAAGAAAUUGGGAAGGAUUGGGUCCAGGGUGGCUUGAUGUAAUAUGAGCAACCUAAGUGGGACUUCUAUCUCCCUGCCAUGUUCCCAUUGCUCUGCAAAGUUGAUUGGAAGAAACUAAGUUCUUAUGGCAUUAGUUCACUGUGAUGUGUGCACUUACAGUUGGCUAAUAUAUUGGCCACAUUUGAAUAUAGCUGGUGCUUAUGCUGAAGUUAUUUGUGAUAAGUAAACAUUUAGCUUCAUAUUUAUAUUGGUCUGGCAUUAUCAGGCUCUAGUUCAGUUAGCUUGUGAGCUACUGAUCCUCUGUCUUAACCAUCACGCUUUAUAUGGUUGAUAUUUACUUGUUUUAUUUUUCACACUGUAGAAUUGAAGGAUUUAGUUUUAAUUAUGUAAAAUGUCUAUUUGCAAUUUGGUGGAAGAUGUUUGUAUUUAAACAGUUAUAUUUGUACUGUAGCUCAUUAUAAAAGCAAUCAAGUUUUCUAUAGCCUGUAUUUUUUCAUUGCUAUCAGGAACAUUUAUUAUACUUGCUGGAUCUUGCCAAGUUCAUCUAUUCUGCCUUAGUGUCUUCAUACAAAACUGAAAGUGGUUUUAAUAUCUGUUUCAUGACAGUUGUUUAUAAAGUUCAAAGGUGGGGGGAAUCUUGUUUUUUGAAUGGAUUUUAAAACAGUAGAUUAAAAAAUCCACAAAGCUUAAUAACUAUUUGGGAAGAAAUACAUAUAAUUUAAAUAAAAAUUAAGAAUAAGUGUAUUUUGUGGUAGCAAAUGUUUGGUAGAACUGUAAUCAGAAAAAUAAAACUGAUAGAAAAGAAUUACUUUAGUGUGAUAAUUUUCAAAUGACUUUUUAUUGAGCACUUUGUGUUUUUUGGCCUUACCCACCCCCCUAACUUCUUGCUUAGCUGUGAUUAAUGAGAUCUAUGCAUUUCUGUCCUUGAAAUGAGGAAUUGUUUUAAAUACCUAAGAAGUCAUUGAGUCCUAUACAUUUGAAUUGGGUAUUGUAGUGAGGAAAAGAUUCAAACAUAUCAAGGGCAGGGUCAUAGUACCAAGAAGUGCCUUCAAAAACUGCCCUUAGACUUCAGUGGAGUACAUCACAAUUUUACAGGUAGAGGUUAGGGGACAUUUAACAUGGUCUAUUUAUAUAGACAAAAAGAACAGUUUGUUUUACUUUUCAAGAACCAAUGAGCAAAUAAGCUACAGAUUCUACUUGCCUUAUGUAUAGUACACACAUACAAAACAUCUUUAUUCACUGAAAUAACAUGAAUUCUAUUUAGAAAUAAUUUAGAAAUAAUUUGUUUCAAUUUGAUAUUGAAUUAUAUUUUUUGUGCAUCCAUGUAUUUUUCUAUUUAGAAGCCGAUGUAAAAGUCAAGUUUAUCUUCAGUGAACUUUGUGCCAAUUAAGCUUACAAUAAAAUGUGGCCUUG